AUGAGUACAGACGGUGCUGUGAGACCACCCCAUGGUGGUCGGGUUGAUGCGCCCGAGGAGAUCAAGCAGGCAGAAUUGAAACCUGCGCAUGCGUUUAUGUUUCCUCUAGGUUAUAAAGAUGCUGCGUAUCAAUGGUGGACGAGUCUUGCCCCCCAGGCCGUUGAGCGCAACCUCCUAAGUCUAAUGCCGCACCUUCGAGAAGCCAACGACAGUAUUACAAACAUCGAUACACCCGAACGACCAGAUCCUUUCGGUACAAGAGUAUGGCGACGAACAAUGGUUGAGCUCUCGGGUAAAAACCGCGCUUUGAACGAAGUCUCGGUUGAAAGGGUUGGAGAAAAAACAGAGGAUGCCCUUGUCAUGGUUCAUGGAUACGGUGCCGGUCUAGGUUUCUUCUACAAGAACUUCGAACCUAUUUCUCGUAUGCGAGGACUCAAGCUGUAUGCGCUGGACAUGCUGGGAUGUGGAAAUUCGUCGCGACCCGCCUUUAAGAUCCAUGCGAAGAAAAAGGAGGAUCAAGUUAUGGAGGCAGAGGGUUGGUUUAUUGAUGCGCUGGAAGAGUGGCGAAAGGAACGAAAGCUGGAACAGUUUACGCUUCUUGGCCAUUCUCUCGGAGGUUAUCUCGCCGUCUCGUACGCCAUCAAGUAUCCGGGCCGCCUCAAGAAGCUCAUCCUAGCUUCUCCCGUCGGUAUCCCAGCUAAUCCCUACGCCGUCAACGCCGACAUGCCCGAACCAAACACUUCCACAAUUGAAGCCGAGAUGAUGCAAGACCAGCAAAGCACCACCGACAAAUCCGGCACUCUGUCAAAACAUAAGCCUGCUUCCAACGUGCUUCGACGACCUCUACCAGGCUGGUUCGUCUGGCUCUGGGAUCAAAACAUUUCCCCUUUUAGCAUCGUCCGAAUGAGCGGUCCCCUCGGUCCGCGAUUCGUUUCGGGCUGGAGUUCCCGUCGCUUCAAUCAUCUCCCACCAGCUGAAUCCCAAGCUCUGCACGACUACUCCUUCUCCAUCUUUAAGCAAAAGGGUAGUGGUGAGUAUGCUCUGGCUUAUCUCCUCGCACCCGGCGCAUACGCCCGUCGACCCGCCAUCAACCGUAUCCAAGAAGUCGGCCGUCAAACAAUCCAACAGCCCGACGGUACCAAGCUCAAAGAAAUGGGUAUCCCUGUGGUGUUCAUGUACGGAGAGAACGACUGGAUGGACGUCGCUGGUGGAUUUGCUUCCGAGGAAAAGUUGAACGCAGCAAAGCAAAAAGCUCUCGAAAAUGCUACAGAGGAAGAAAAGAAGAGAGAAAACGGCAGUGCAAAGGUCCUUCUCGUUCCCAAGGCUGGACAUCAUCUCUACCUCGACAACCCCGAAGUCUUUAACGACAUGAUCCGCAAGGAGCUUGAAGAGACGAGACAAGCCGAGAAGAGACUAAAGUAG